AUGGUAGCUGAACCACAUCAUGCAAUAAUGAACAAAGGAUGGAAAUACGACAUUGGAAACAGAAGAGAUAAAGCAAGAACUUAUUUAAUUUCAGGUGAAGACAGUUUAGAGAUACAAGAUGCUAAAACACAGAUUGAAGUCUUAACUGCUGAAAUACCAAGAAGUCCGUUUAAAGCACAAGCUGCCACAGUGCCACCAGUGAUUGCAACUACAGCAGUAGUAUUUCCAAUAAAAAUGGACAUUGUCAAAAAUUUCACGUUAAAUAGUCAGCAGAAAUGUGCUUUUACGAUUGUUACUAAUCAUCUAGAUGGCGAUAAUUAA